GAUAAAGAGAAAUGAUCGACAAUAAUCUGAAAUGGAUUCUGAUUCGGACGACAAGACAAUAAAGCAUUCGUUAAGAAGGAAUGCUCUUGGAGUCACACCAAGUUUGCCGUCACCGGAAAAGAGACUUCGCAUGGUUGUGCUUGGAGCAUCCGGAGUUGGUAAAUCUCAACUUGUAUCCCGAUUUUUGGGUCGACCUUUCACCGGAGCGUACCUACCGACUGCCGAGGACUUUUACAGAACAAAAUACAUUAUCAGUGGAAGAACGUAUCAGUUGGACAUCUUGGACACUGCCGGACACGUCUUGAGUCCGGUUAUGCACAACCUAACUUUGUUAACGGGUGAUCUUUUUCUUGUCGUCUAUUCUGUGGCCGAUCGUGGAAGUUGGGAAAGAGCAAAAGAUAUUGUUGACUCGGUAGAGGAAGUUACACGUGAUCCGAGACGAACAAACAAAUGCAUAGAAAGAAGUUUCAAGAAUCUUCUCUAUGCUAACGGAGGAACAUCAUUUCAGUGUGAUAAAUUUGAAAACGGGUUACAAAGACGAACUAAAGAUCAGAAGCAAAAAAUGAUGCCCAUACCAAUUCUAAUCGUUGGAACAAAAUGUGAUGUUGAAAACCCACAAAUACAGCCAUAUGAAAUUCACGAAUGGCUUCGACAAAGGCCUGCUAAUGCUGCCUCUUUAGUGGAACACAUUGUUGCUUCCGCAAAGACCGAUCACAACGUCCAAGCCCUGUUUGACAAGCUAUUUUCUAUGUCUUGUCUCCCAAAAGAACUGAGUCCGAAUAUGCAUAGAAAAGUGACGGAGAAUGUAUAUUCUAUAAACAGCUCUUUGGCUGAUUCUACAUCCCACAAAAUAGACGGUCGACCCAAAAGCGCCGAGAUGCGUGAAUAUCAGAGACGGCCACGCCACUCUUUAACAAAAAAGACGUCACAUCUACGAACAAAUCCAGGUUGCCAUUCUUCUGGGAGUUCUUGUUGUAAUUCGUCUUCGGACAGUGAUGACGGCCCCUCUACGAACGCAAUCGCAACCAUAUGCAGCAAUCAACGACGUCCGAGCGUUGACACAGAGGUUCUUCUUGCAUUUUCAAAGGUACGAACCUAUUCACCUGAAAUGAAACGAAAAACCGUCGGCGUUUCGACAAAAGAUAAACUAAAAAAGCAUAUGAUUAAAUUCAAAUUUUCCUAGCUCAUUUGAAAAAUAUUGCUAUAUUUCUUUCAGCCAUGUAUAGUAUAAAAACGAUUGAUAUUCUCAUUAUUAGUAACAAAUAUGAAAUUGACUUCAGUGGUGCGGUCCAUAAAAGGACCUCUGUUUGCUGAAAAAAUACUAUGUGAAAAUGCUUAUUUGCUAACUCAGAAUGUUUUUGAAACGACAGUAAAAUUGAUAGUUUAAGUUUAAGACAUGAUGCUUUGUUUGAAGCAUUUUGGAGCAUAUGGUGUUUAUUCUAUUACUGUAGGUGAUUUUGAGCACUUAAGAAACAGCGUUUCUUUAUUCUACAAUGUUUUGCCAAAUGUUCAAUGAAAUAAACCCUUUGGACUUUUAAGUUUAUGAUCCAAUUUUUCGAAUCGUAAAACUUAUUAUAAUUAUGAUGUAUCUGUUGAGUGGUUUUGGAACUCCAAUUUUUAUGUUGUAUCGCUUGAAAUAUAAUCAGUUAUCUCGCAUUCAUUUAAUAUAAAACUGAUAUUAGAAUUAAUAUCAUUAUGUUGCAAAUAAAUAGUACCUUAUUGAAAA